AUUACAGGGCUUGAGCUUGAGCAGCAACAAUAUGGUUGGAAUUUUGCCAAACAGCGUAGGGCACUUGACCAACUUAUCUUGGUUGGGCCUUUCUUACAAUAACAUUACUGGAGCAAUACCGCUAGGCAUUGGGAAUCUCUCUUGUUCAAUACAACUUGAUCUUCAACCUUCUUAUUGGAGCUAUACCGCUAGGGUUGGGAAAUUGCCCUUCUAUUAAUCUCUCCAAUAACAACCUUAGUGGACCUAUACAACUAGGGAUAGAGAGUUGCACUAGAUUACAACACCUUGACCUUUCUUACAAUAGCAUUCCUGGACCUAUACCACCAAUGUUAGGGAACUGCACCAAAUUAUAUUACCUUACCGUGUUGAGUUAUAUCUUGUACUCAAGUAUAAAUAGCUUGUUGUCAGAGGGUCUAAAGUGUAAAAUGGUGUACUCUUGAUUAUAUAAAAAAAGGAAAGGAAACGGAGAGAAUUCUCCAGUACGCUCCUAUCCAAAUCCUAAGCACACGAACCAUGGAGUCUUGCUAUCCCCUAGUUAGUGUUCACUAAUCCCUACAUGGUAUCAGACCACGGCGGUCCGGACGGAGCUUGGUGUGCGACAUUUGACGGCAGCAUGUUCAAGUACAGCGGAUCUGAGGAUUUCUUUUGGGGAAGAACGACGGGGAGGUCGGGAGGCGGCGCUCCGGAUCUGAGGUAUACCCCUGUUUUUCUCCAGGGAUUCGUCUUGUGAGUUGCAACCUCAAGUUUGGUCUGAAUCCUCUGCGGUUCACUACCUGAAGUUGUGUCUAUUUGUGGUGAUUCUACUGCGUACGAGUCACUGAUUUGUGGUUAUUGGUGAGGUUCGUCCUGAUAGCUGCUGCGACCUCUGAGAGUUACUGAUUUGUGGGCCUAGUUCUGUGAGUUGCCGAGUUAAUUCUCAAGUAGUUGCAGUUGUUGGAGCAAGCAGGCAUGGGAGAUAACAGCAAGGAUAAGAGUGUGGAUUCAAGUGUUGAAAAACUUUGUGAAAGUAUGCAGCGAAUGCUUGCUCAGCUGAUGGAGCAGGCCCAAGUAAAGUCUAGUAGCUCGACUGAAAUUCAGAAGUCUAUCCUUGAACCGAAUCCAGUUAAAUUGACUGGCCCGGGCGACUAUUUUAGUUGGGCUCGCAAUGCCUCGUUAAUUUUGGAAGCUCAUGGCCUGCAUAAGUACCUAAGUGAAGAUGAGAAGAAACCAACGGAUGUAGUGCAGGAGCAGUGGGAGCAGAAUCAAAAGCGAGUCAUGGUUUGGCUACUGGGCUCAAUGGAAAAAACUGUUCGGGAACAAGUUGAAAGUUUUCAAACUGCUGCUGAAGUCUGGACAAGCAUUGAAAAACAGUUUUCUGGUAAAUCAAACAAAAUGCAGGUUAGCAGAAUAUUGCAUGAGAUGUGGCACUUUAGGCAAGAUCAAAAAUCAGUUACAGAAUAUGCAGGGGAACUCAAGAAACUUUAUAGAGAUCUGGAGUUCUUCCGGCCAUUCAAGCCACAUGAUCCUAGAGAUUUAUCUCUCCUCAGAGAAUGGUUUGAACCAUUGUUGGUGCAGGGUUUUUUGGAAGGCCUGAAUCCCGAGUUUAAACUUCGCUCUCAGAUGAUACAAGCAUCUCCUGACUGGCCUACCUUGGAUCAAACUAUUGCUAGUAUCCUUGAAGAAGAAACUCAUUUGGCUAACCAGGAAGCAACGCCACAGAUGCAUGGUGAUAAUCGUGCUGCACUUACUCACGCACAAACCUCUGUUGCUUCUAGGAGUGAUCAAGCAAAUACUACUAAGUUUGACUACAGAAGGAGAAACAAAGUUGUGUGUGAUCAUUGUAAGAUGCCUGGCCAUGUGAAGAAGAAUUGUUUCGAGUUGGUUGGUUAUCCUCCGGGAUGGAAGCAAAGACAAACAAGCAGGUUCAACGGCAGCGGUAACAACUUUGAGAAGAAGCAGGACCGAGCUCAUCUUACAUCAUCGACAAAAGAGUUACCUGCAACCGCUGCUCAUGCACUAGAAGAGUUCAAGGCAAAGUUGAUGGCCGUUGCUACCGAAGGAUCUAGUGAAGCUGUCGGCUCUCGCGCUACAGAAGGAUUUGAAGUCAGGAAGAAUUCUUGGGACUGGAACUGAAUAUGACGGCCUCUACUACCUCGACAACGCAUCGACUUCACUUGCACUUGGUGUGAAAUGUGUCUCCGCUACAGAUGAGUUGUUAUUACUACAUUAUAGACUUGGGCACCUAUCGUUUCAGUCACUAGGCCGCAUGUUUCCCUCACUUUUGGCCUCCUGUUGCAAAGAGCAACUCGUAUGUGAUGUAUGUGAACUAGCAAAACAUACGAGAACUAAUUAUCCUAGCAACAGUGAGAGGAGUAAUGUACCUUUUGAAGUAGUUCAUUCAGAUGUUUGGGGGCCAGCAGUUGUAACCUCUCUAUCAGGAGAACGGUGGUAUGUAACUUUUAUUGAUGAAUCUAGUCGAUAUACUUGGCUGUAUUUGCUCAAGCGGAAAUCUGAUGUUUUGUCAGCAUUUAAAAACUUUUAUACUCUGG